GUUGUAAGCUGACCACAGGGGGACAGACUUCAGCGUCGCGCCCGGAGCCGCAAGGAGAGGUGUGGCCAAAAUCACUUGACCAGAAGCAGGCCCUAGCUACGGACUUCUUAUCAGCCUCCAUGGCAAGUUAUUCAGAUCCUCUGGGCUCUCAGACCAGCCCUGCCCCAAUGAUGGACACUGGCCGGAUGGGAGCUUUUUCAGGUUUCUCCCAGUCUGCUGGGAUGGGGGUCAACAUCGAGGUUGGGGCUGCCCCUCUGUCAGGUGAGAGGACUCCAAGUAAAGCCGAACCCCAGCACCCCACACCCACAGCGGGGUCUGAAGCCCCUAAAGAGUACAGCCCCAUGCUGCCUGAACCUCAGGCUCCCCGUAGCCCUCUGGACCUGUCAGCAGGUGCAUUAGGCGACUGCUGGCAAGACCAGGCUGACUGUCUGUCGACAGACCUUCCUUUCACUCCAAGCGUUACCACGGUGAUCAGUCGCCAUGCCAGCCAACUAGCAGUCAGCCCUGAUGACCCACCUGACAGUUGGCCUACGCGAGAGAGCACAGCCUAUGCCGGAGGGGAUGAAAAAGAGGGAGAGGGCUCCGACCGAAAGCAGAACAAGAAGAAGAAAAAAAGGCGACAGAAAGAUGAGGGGUCUUAUGAGCACCUAGAGAGUAAAGGUCACCUUGAGGUGCAAGCAACUGGAGAAAACACAGAGGAGUUCUACAGCAGGAUAGGCCCGAGGAGAGAUAAAGGAGAGGCUGGAUGGGAGGAGCAGCUUGGGAAGAGUGGAGGGAGGGGGAAGAAGGGUAAGAGCAGGAAGAAGAUUCCACAGGAGUGGGGAGUGAUGGCGGAACCGUUUGUCCCUGCAUCAGCAGCCUCUCAAAUCACAGAAGACGAUAUGAUGGAUUUAGGAAGUUCUGUGCAGUUGGAGUCCUCAUUCACAGACAUGGAUAACAGCUCCAGCGCCUGGAAAAAGGAGGUUUUCCCAGAAGAAGGCCUAGUCCCUUCUCCUCUGUCCCAUGACCUUUUCUCUUCAACUGCUUCUACCAUCAAUCCAUUGGUCCUGAACAGCGAGCUGAAAGCCACAGCGCCUCCGUUCGCGAUGCCGUCUACCACAACUGACAGUGUAACACUUGGCUCCCUCCCCAUGGCUCCCCACCCAGAUGAUCCAUUCAACCUCCUAAUGGAUACUGAAAAUGCCAGCUUGGGUAACAGCAGCCAGGCCAUUUUGCCAACUUUCUCUCAAGAGAUUGACACAAUGGCCGGUGACGUUGUUGACAGUGGGAUAUUUGACACUACCAGUUUCCUCCAAGAGUCUUGUGUGCAAGGGCUACCAGAGGGAGACACCUCAGCUUUCAGCCCGGCAUCCCAACCAAGCCCAGGUUUUUCCCCAAAAGGUGAGGUGUUAGCCUCGGCCCCUCCUCUCUCACCAUCAGAUUCUUCUUGGGUCCUGAACAACUCCUCCAUGAGCAGGGACAGCGAGCUAUUUGACUUCAGUGAGGUCAACACUUCAAGUGAUCCUGUUACCUUGGGGCUUUCCUUUGACACCCCAAGCCCAGCGCCUCUCCGCUCUCCUAAGACCACAGCGCAAGAGUCCAAAGCCAAAGAGCAGAAGGAUGGGAAAUCUUGCCAGAAACAAUCCAAGAAGUCUCGUUCCUCAUCCUCCUCCUCCUCUUUGAAGAGUCCCACCUCCCCAGGAGCUAAGAAGUUCCCUUCACCAGCAUCCCCACUCAUCAGUCCCUCUUCCCCUCCAGCUGCAAACGCCCUGGGAGUCCUACCCUCUGGCCUCAACCCUGCAGCUAAACCCUUCUUUCCAAGUUUUGCUGAUUCCAUGGACGAACCAGCCGUGGUCCCUCCAGUUGACCCUUUCAUGGAAG